UAUUUUCUAGUAGUACUUUUCUGUUUGUGGUCACACCGGCGUCGUUUAUUGCUUUUUUUGUAAAAUUUUCUCUAAUUUUUUAUAAAAGAAAAAAUGGGUUCAUCGUCGUCAGGAAAGAAGCACAAGAAAGACAAAAAGAACCGUCAUCGGUCGCGUUCUACAGAGCGCCAUCGUCGAACAACGGAAGAUGAGGAUGCGACCCUAGAUCUGACAGACGAUUCCUCGUCGCGUCACAGACACCACAAGCACAAAAAGCACAAGGAGCAUCGCCAUAAGCAUCACAAACACAAAGAACGCGAACGGCCUAGUGAGGUCAUCUCUCUGGAGGAGUCGGACUCUGAUAGUUCCGAUUGUGUGGAGGUUCCGGUACAGGACCAAUCCAAGGUGAGGGAUGCCAGGGAAACCUCUACUCGUGAGCGAGAGUGUGGACGUGAUCGUGAAAUACUGAGGGAAAAGGAGCGGGAACGGGAUCGAGAACGUGAUCGGGAGCGCGAGCGGGAACGUGAACGGGAACGUGAGCGGGAACGAGAAAGGGAACGUGAGCGGGAACGUGAACGGGAACGGGAACGUGAGCGGGAACGCGAAAGGGAGAAGGAGCGUGAAAGGGAGCGGGAAAAAGAGCGCCUCAGGGAGCGGGAGGAACGCGAACGGGAACGAGAGAAGGAGCGCAUCAAGGAGCGCGAAAAGGAGCGCCUAAAAGAACGUGAAAAGGAUCGAGAACGCGAACGGGAGCUUUCAGCUCCUCCACCGCCACAAAUCUCCAGGCAUGCUGAAUAUGAAUCCCGGAGAGAGCGCGAGAUCGAGCGAGAACGUGAUGUCCGCAAGCGUUCUGGCAGGGAACGCGAACGGGAACGCAAUCGGGAACGCUCCCGAUCCCAGUCACCCCCGCCGUCAUCGCGCAAACCAGCUGCCAAAGAACGCGAGGCCUCACGAUCCUUUUCGCCCAUACCGGAAAACGGAGCCGGCGAUGUCCUGUCCAUUACGGAGACAAAUAAGCUUCGUGCAAAGCUGGGCCUAAAACCACUCGAAAUGGACAGUGGUCCAAGCAAGGUAGCGCCGCCUGCAGGAAGCGCUAGACAAGCCGAGAGUAAAAAACCCUCUGGUGAAGCUGAUCUUUCCUCGUACAAGGAUGAGUGGGGCGAGUUUCUGCAUAAGCCGGCCGACAACCUGAAGGAAAAAAAACAGGCAGAAAAACUGCGCGACAAGCUCAAGCAACGAAAGGAGAAGCGCUUUUUGGAGGAGCGUCUGGCUCGCAUUAAGACACUGGGAGAGUCUGACGAGGAAACGGACAAUGUAUCCAGUUGGGUGGACAAGAAUAAGCGGGUGGUAAACGAACGUGAGGAAGCCAAGCGUAAGGCAAAAGAGUUGGAAGAACUGGAUGAAGCUUUUGGUGUAUCGGAUAUGCUAGAAAAAGAGAAAACCAAGGCUCGUCAACGGGCUUAUAGUGACAGCAACUUAAAAGGAUUGCGAGUGGAUCACGAUAUGGAUGAUUUCGGAGAAGGGCGCACAGUUAUCCUAACACUCAAAGAUCAAGAUGUACUAAACGAAGAGGAUGGCGAUACUCUAGUCAAUGUCAACAUGGUCGACGAAGAGCGCUACAAGAAAAAUGUGGCGAACAAGAAGCAAAAUCCGCUCAGUUAUGGCUACGAUGUGUACGAAGAGCAAUACGAUGAAUUGGGUAAUCCCAUCGAGCGUUCGGUGCUGGAGAAGUAUGAUGAUGAGAUCGAGGGUCAGCCAAAAAAGCGAAAGAACUUCGUGAUUGGUGAGAAUAUGGAUGAGGAGCGUGAGCAUAGACGAAAGCUCCUUGAGAUUAAAACCAAAUUAGCCGGCAAGCGUUUGGAAACAUUGGAGGAUACCAAUCUGCAGUUAGCAUCGGAUAUUUACAGUACAGAGGAGCUAGCCAAAUUCAAGAAACCAAAGAAAAAGGUGAAGAAACUUCGCCAAAAACUAAAGGCCGAGGAUCUUGAGCCUUUGGUGGAGGCGGGAACGUCUGGUUCUUCUAAUUUUGGUAGUCGCGGAGGACGUUAUCGUGAUAACGAAGAUGAUGAUAUGGCAAAUAUUAAAACUGAAAUUAAGGUGGAAGCAGAGGACGACGAUUUGGAACGCGUUCUAGCUAAGGCUCGCAAGCUAAAGCAAAAAGAAAAUAUCAUUAAGAAGCCCUUGCCCGCUGAUUUCGAAAGUAUUCAGCGGGAGAUCAAACCCGAGCCCGUUGAGGACAACAGUUCAGGUGUGGUUCUUACCGGCGUGGAUGGCAACAUUGUGUUGAAUGCCACAGCAGAGUUUUGCCGCACUCUGGGUGACAUUCCCACCUACGGAAUGGCUGGCAACCGUAACGAGGACUCCAAUGAUAUGAUGGACUUUGAUAAGACCGAUCAACCUGAGGAGCAUAUGGACACCCAUAACGAUGAGCCUGCCUUGAGUCACGGAACCUGGAACUCAGUAAAUCCCGAUGAAGUUAUGCAGCCCGCUGAUUUGGAUAAUCUUGGAGAAGAUCUGGAGGACCGUGCCAUUUUAGACGAGGAACCCGAUGUGGGAGCAGGUGUAGCGAAUGCUUUGCGGCUGGCUCUCUCAAAGGGAUAUCUAGAAAAGGAGGAAAAGAAUCGCCCUAGCAAUACGAAAAUGGCCCAUCUGCAGGCCAAGAACUAUUCCAUUGAGGAUAAAGCUGCUGGUGAGGACGACAAGGUUGGCCGGCGCGAUCGGUUCCACUUUGGGCCAAUUACGGACUUCAAGGACAAAGAGACUUUCAAGCCCAAUGUCAAAUUGGAUUAUAUCGAUGAUAAUGGCCGCAUAUUAAACCUCAAAGAGGCUUUCCGGUAUUUGUCACAUAAGUUCCACGGCAAGGGACCGGGCAAAAAUAAGAUUGAGAAGCGUCUGAAGAAAAUGGAGCAAGAUGGGUUGAUGAAGACUAUGAGCUCGACUGAUACACCUUUGGGAACUCUAACCAUGUUGCAGCAAAAGCAAAAGGAGACCAAAACCGCCUAUGUGGUGCUUAGUGGCAACAACAAAAACGCACCAGGUGUCAGCGGCUCCUCGAUAGCCAAAUUUAAGUAGAAAAGGAAGGAGGACAUUCAAGCGAUUCAAUUACUAAUAUAACCAUAACCAAAUGCAAUAGAUACUUCCUAAUUCGGAUACUAAAUACUUAAGUUUAGAAUUCCCACGUAUGCAACCGGUCCAAUUAUCUAAUUCUCUUCAUAUUUAUUCAAAUACAUUUUGGAUUUAUCU